CAAAACAGUCGCUGGUUUCAGCUCUAAUCCCUCGAACAGAUCAAGAGGUGUCGAUGUAACCAGCUAUUGAUUUGCUCCAACGUAACUAUGCUAUUGAUUUAUUCCACUGUCAAUAGUUUUUUUUUCCACAUUUCAUUUAAUUCAAGUGUACAUGUUAAGUAGUAUAGAAAAUGUUAUAGUGAAAUCUUAAAAUCGUACAAAGUUUUAAUGACGUUUCAUCAUCGAUUGACUUAUCUUCGGGACGUUGGUUCUUUCGAUAAGAAAUAGUGAGUGAUUGUAUUAAUUAAUAAGAAAAAUAUAAAAGAGAAAGAGAGAGAGAGAGAGUUCUUGAAGAAGUAACUUCAAUGUACGCGAAGUUUACUUAGAGAUAUAGUUUACUUGGAAAGAUUUAUAAGUGCUAUUGAUCAACGUGGGUGAUUCUGAAUAUUACUUUGAUAUAAAACGGGUUUGAGAUGUCUGAUGAAGAGCUUAAAAAAUUCGAUCCGUCAAAGGGAGCGAACGAUUCCACGGGAAAUCCAAGGAUGUGCUCCUUCAGUAUCGAGAGAUUAUUAGCACCGAGCAAGAAAGAUAAAGAAGAUAAGUUUCCACAACAGACUGAUUUAUCCUUACUGUGUCAAGAAGGUAAUGAAUCGGAGAUGAGAAUGCUUGUUGCACCCGAUUCAUCCAUGUCAAUGGCGGAGGAAAUUGAGCUUGACGAUACCGACAUGAUAUGUUCAACAUCUCCCGAGCCGGAGAUGUAUUACGAAGCGUGUACUAGUAGUAGUGGCGCGAAUUCAACCACGAGCGCGGACAGAGAUGUCCAGGAGAAGACCGCCGCCGCUAUUAGCGACGACGAAAGGAAGAAGAGGCCACGCACGGCGUUCACCGCCGCGCAAAUUAAGUCCUUGGAGGCGGAAUUUUGAGAGAACAAGUACUUGAGUGUGGCGAAGCGGCUGCAGCUGAGCAAAAGCUUGAAACUCACGGAAACGCAAAUAAAGAUAUGGUUUCAAAAUAGACGGACUAAGUGGAAAAGAAAGUAUACUAAUGAUGUCGAAUUAUUGGCGCAACAGUACUACUCGAGUCUAGGAAUUCCAGCACCACGACCCAUUUUUGUCGGUGAUCGUUUAUGGUUCUUUAAUUAUCCGGGACAAUCGCAACCAGGAGUACCAUUGCUCCCACAACAUUUAACACCGUUACCAUUACCAUCCCCAUUACCUAUCGUUCAACCAUUACCCAGUAAUCUGUCUAUGAGACAGCAAACGUCCAUUUUUCAGAAUGUACCGACUAAUCAUCUCGCGCAUCAGUUGACUCAGAGAUUGGAUUUCAGGCAUCACGAUUCUUAGUUUCAGAUGAAUAAAAUUAAA